AUGCUUGCGGCGGCAGUGCGUCAGCGGCAACAAAUGCUCGACGUGAAAGGCGACCGCGCUUGUGGCGCCGCCGUCCGUCGUCGCGGCAGCGUGGCGCCGGGCCACGGUGGCCCCGCGCCGGCUCGCCGCCGCGCCAGUGGCAUGCUGACGGAGCCGGCCCAGGGCUCGACCCAGCUCAGCGUGGGCGAGGAAGCAAGAGGGCCCCCGGCGUGCGCCAGGCACCACCGCAAUGACUGGGCCUCCUGGGGCAAUGAUCUCCGCCUGAACGCGGACUUCAUCCACGACACCUACGUGGACAGAGAGAAUGCCAACUUCGCUCUCUUCAACUACGUGACAGAACAGGAAUGUGAAAUUCGAAAACUUAAGGAUGACAUUGAAAAGCUCAGCGCUGACAUGGAGCCACGCGGCGGUGGUCCAGAGGGGACCCCUGACGAAAGGGAGAAAGCCGUGCGGGUGAACAUUUGCAGGGUCAUCUCUGAGAAGGAGAUGAGCGAUAAGAAGCGGGCAGACGCCGAGGGAACGCUCGGCAAGCUAAAGGAAGGAGUGUGGAAUUUGCUCAUGAAAAUGGACUGCAAUUUGGAAGAGCUCAAGCAAGGCUUGGCUUGGAAGGAAGGAGUCACAGACCAAAACAUUGCCGCCUACCUUACCCUGAUCAAGCAAGAAGCCUUCCGGCUUCUCUCUGCCCGUGAUUACCUGCAGUCAAAGAUAAAGGCAACGGAACCUUUGGGAAAAUUGGACACAGCAAACGCCAGGCCAGUCAAGAAUUCGCUCUUGGAUUUGUACACAAUGGAACUCCCGAGCACAAAACUGGACUGGGAUAGUGGGGAAUCCAGUGAGGAAGGCUCAGAUCUCAAGCCGCUUGAAGUAACGAAGCAAUGAUGAUGCGUUUGCGUCAUGUCCCAGCUCUCAAGAUUAAUAAGACAUCACGGCGAAUCGCAUCCAUGCCAACACAAAUCUCAAUAACUCACUUUGUCCAAAUCUGUAAACUGUUUAAACGUUGACGCCUGAACUCCAAAGUAAUACUCUUUGGUUUUUUUUCGGUAAAGUCACGUAGGUAAAAUAAAAUUAAUGAAAACAACUAAAUUAAAUCACGACGUUUCGGAGGCAACACAAGCUUCCGUCUUCAGGUGGAACAGUCACAGCAAAAAAGCUGUAUCAAGUGAGGAGCUCUGAGACAACCGAGAUUAUAUACAGGUUAAGGGGGGGGGGAG